AUGCCACAACCCUCCACACCCCCUUCCUCUGCCACUGACACCCCAACUUUGGACGAACGUUAUGGCUUAACACCACUCACCCCCGAACAGUACGCCGCCUACAAAUCCUCCUCCCGCCUCUCCAUCCCCUUCCCUCUUCGCCUCCCCGCCACAACGGCCCUCGCAUUCACCACCGGCUUCUUCCUCGGCAUCUCUCAGGGCAGUCUGACCUCCGGCCUCCGCUUCCGCGCGGAGAAUGCGCACCGUUUUCCUACCAAUCAGGCGGGAUGGUACCUAUACCACAAGAGUAAGAACUACAACAUGGCGCUGGGAGGUAUUGUGGAAGGGUGCAAAAUGGGAGGGAAGACGGGGCUCUGGGUGGGGGUCUUUGUGGGCAUGGAGGAGUGUGUUGAUUGGGGACGCAAUGCGGUUAGAGGCUUGGUGGUCGGUAAGGAUGGAGGGAUGAGCAGGGAUGUCUUGAGUACGAUCCUGGCAGGCGUGGGGACGGCGGGAAUGUUCAGUGCCUGGCAUCGAUUCCCGGUGGCUACGACUGUAAGGACGGCGAAGAUGGGCGCAAAGUACGGGUUGGCGUUGGGUGUGGUGGAAGACGCGGUCAGUUUUGCAAGGGGGAGGAAGCUGGGGUAUGUGGAGUUCCUGAGGAGGCAUGUUUUUGGUGGGGAGGACAAGGAGGGCGAGGCAGACGCUGCGGUGGGGUGA